AUGCAUAUUACCACUCUUAAUUCACCGCCAAUGGGGCCGGUCUCUCAACAGUCGUUGGAAAUGGAACUUUUUGGUAUUAUCGGCAACUCAUUGGGGUCUUUGGCGCAGGAAUCCAAAGUCCUUCCGAAUGAAUCAAAGAGGAUGCCAGAGCUAAAGGGGCGGGACUUGAUAGCAAAGAAGAACGGGCAUUCAGGGAUACAGAAGAGGCACCCUUCCAAAGCAUUGAACAGAUCGCGGGAAAUCAUCACCAUCAACACCGUGAAAGGCACCGUCAGCUCUGCUAUUGUUCCUUGCCCACGCACAGCCAUAGCAAACUCAUGCAGCGAACAUCGGCAGCCAAAGGUCUUGACUACACCCAAGGCAAUCAAGGACGACAGCCAAAAAUCGACUACGCCCUCAAACGGAAUAACACAACGAAGAAUGUCUAUCCUGCAUUCGGACCAAAUUGUAGCGGCUGCAAUCGGCCGAUACAAGAACCAUUUUCAUAUGCUAGUUGAGGAUUCGGACUCUACUGUCGCAUCGAAUCCGUCAUCUACAGGAGCCGAUACUAUGCACGUAGCACUACAGUAUCCCGGGAAGGAUGCAAGGGAGAAAUUCAUUCUCAUGAAGCCUUUCUUGAGUCGCUCCAAGACGGAAUCGGACGAUAAGGAUGAAUACAACCCGAUCGAAGACCUUAUACAGACUGUUCGCAUCAUCAUGGAGCACUUUUUCCGCCCAGAACAAUCAAAGGAGCUAUUUGGCACAUCUGACGAGGGCCUCUACCGAAAUCUAACAAAGUUCAAAGUGCGGAAGGACGGCCCUCAGUUUUUGAAGGCAGUGGAGGACUUCAACGCUAUCAUGAAGAAGCAAAAAGCAACUGGCACUGUGCAGGAAUACCUCCAGCAAUAUGGCCACCGACUGCCGUAUGAUUUGGUCGUUCACAUUUUGCAGCAGGUUUACUCUCGAACGGUCGCCGCAAGGGCCUCGAAGUUAAAUCAGUACGAGGCGUUCUCUAAUAAUGUGUAUGGCGAAAUCCUUCCGAUUCUGACCAAGGAAUUCAUUCAGCGGACGAAAUUGGACCACACAAAAGUGUUUGUGGAUUUGGGGUGUGGUAUCGGAAAUGUAGUUCUGCAAGUGGCCCUGCAGACUGGCGCGGAGUCCUAUGGUGUUGAGAUCAUGGAAACGCCAGCCAAGUUCUCGAAAAAGCAGGCCAAGGAGUUUGAGGCGCGAGCUCGUGCUUAUGGACUUCAGCAUGGACAGGUGACGAUGCUUCAGGGUGACUUUUUGGACACACCAGGUCUGCCUGCGAUUUUGGCACGCGCAGACGUUGUUCUGGUCAAUAAUUAUGCGUUCAACUCUGCGUUGAACCAGUCUCUGCUGCAGCUGUUUCUGGAACUCAAGGAGGGGUGCAAGAUCAUCUCACUCAAGACCUUUGUCUCGCUCGAUCACAAGAUCAACGUCCGCAAUGCAGGAAGUGUUGAGUCAAUUUUGAGAGUGAAGAAGUAUCCUUAUUACACCAAUGCUGUGUCGUGGACUCAUAAUGGCGGAGAAUACUUCAUCGCAACGGUGGACCGAUCGGCCGUCCAGGCGUUUUGGGAAGGCGCCUUGGCUGAUGGAGGCAUUUCACUGGACGAUGGUGGUGGACGAAGGUCUAGCAAUCGGCGACGCUAA